ACUGCCAAAAAGCAAGAGGACUCAGUUCUAGGAUGAGACAUUUUUAUAUUUUAGCAUAUGUUUAUGAAAAUAGGGCAGAAUAGGAAAACAUUGACAUUCAACCACCAACAUAAACCUGUUAGUUAUCCACUGUUUAGGAAGUUGGCAGGCAGGAACGAUUACGCUAUAACAUUUGCAGAAAUGCGUUCUCAAAAACAACAGACAAACAAUACGGAAAGGUUUCUAACUCCCACGGUCAACAGCUAUAAACUUCACCUUACAGCUGUGAAAUCUCUAAUACCAGAGAAACCUUUUCAUAGACUGCCAGACGGCCGAUGGUCUAAAGACUUUACAAAAUACUUAAAUAUGGACGCCAUGAAGAUCAAUUCACAGAGACAAGACAGCAGGCUUCAUGCAUGCACCGCAGGUGGCAGGCCUCUCUACAUCCCUGUGCCGGCGUUUGUCAGUGAGUUUAAGGGCCCUGAGCGUACCCUCCAACCUCCUGCUGCUGUUCAUAGCAGGCUGAUGGGGGACCUGGGUCCACAGUCACACAGAGUGAAGCCUAGGAGAGCAACCCACAGUGCGGGGGCCAUCUACUCCCACGGUACCUCCCGCUUCACAUCAACUGGACUGGGUGAAACCUUAUCCUUAAGUGAGAAUUCAACCCCUGGUUUUCCAAUUGCCUUUUGUUCCCAUGAUGAAUGUGGCUUGAGUACUGAGCGGCUGGAUCUGGACAGGCGUGGUCUGGAGGAAUGUCCCAUGCUUGAGGGCAUGGAGAGGCUACGACUGCUUAAUUUUCAGCACAAUCUCAUCAUGCACAUCCAAAAUCUAUCUCACCUGCGGCGCCUGAUCUUCCUAGACCUGUAUGACAACCGCAUCUCCGAGAUGUCUGGCAUCUCAGCUCUGGCCUCUCUCAGAGUGCUUAUGUUAGGAAAAAACAGAAUCCAGAGGAUAUGCUGUUUAGAUAACCUGACUAAAUUAGAUGUUCUGGACUUGCAUGGCAAUAAGUGGAUGAUUCACCUGCAGCCAGAGAUUCUAUCAUCCAUGCAUUGCCUGUGUUGGAGAGGAGAGAGACUGGAGUGCUGUCUUUGGACCCAUGAUGGAGCUGUAAAACCAAAAGACCACCAGUGGGAGGCCCCGAUCUCACAGAUAGAGAACCUUUCCCACCUGUCAGAGCUGCGUGUUUUGAACCUGGCAGGGAACUGCAUCUCCUGUGUGAACAACCUGCAGGGCCUGCACUCAUUGACUGAGCUCAACCUGCAAUGCAACUGCAUCUCCACUGUGACAGAGGUGGACCUGCUGCCCUGUCUGCAGCGUCUCUUUCUCAGCUGCAACCGCCUCACCAGUUUUGAUGACCUAGCCUGCCUAGGAGAUUCGUGCUCCCUUUCUGAGCUCACCCUGGAUGGGAACCCUGUAGCCCUGGAGACAUGGUACAAGCAGGCCGCCCUGCGCUGUGUGCUUCAACUCAGACAGCUGGACAUGAAGCGCGUCACGGAGGAGGAGAGACGUAUGGCUUGCAUUAUGGCCCGAAAGGAGGAUGAGAAAAAGAGGGACAGUCACAAGCAGGCCAUGCACAAGAGUCCUGCUCAUGUUGCGCCUCAGCAGUUCUAUACUCAACUUGGACUGAAGUCUCAGGACUCCUCAGUGACAAGCAAGGAGAAGCGACGUUUAGCCAUCCGUAAUGCAGCGCAGCAGUGGGAGGGGGUCAGGUCCUGUCUGGAGCUUCCAGUUCACAACGGCUCCAAGGAGGAAGUCAGCCCAGAGGCCAGUCCCGCCCACAGCCCCGCCCAGACCAAUGGCCUUGCACUGGAGCCUUCUCCAGAUGAGCAGCUAAGAAGGGUGAGUCCGUUGUCAGCACCAGAACGGCCACCAGGGGGCAGUGAGAACAGGCUACGCUCCACCAGUCGUCCCAACAGUCCUCGAGACCCCAAGCUUCUGGAGGCAGGUGGUGCCAGCGUGCAGAGCCUCUCCCUGUCGGACAGCCACCUGGCAGAACUGGAUGGGGAAACCCUGCGCCUGUUUGGUUCCGGGGCCCUGGAGGCCUUGGAGAGGGGCUGGGGGGUCCAGACUGCAGGGGCUGUCACUGUCAUAGCUUUUCGCUACAUCCACUUUGAUGCGAUUGUGCCAACACUGCCACGCAUAAGAGUCAAGUUUCCCAACCUAUCACACCUGAUCUUCCUAGAGACAAACAUCUGUCGUCUGCCUCAGUUGGCUGCACUGGCCCAGUUGAGACGUCUGGACCAGCUGACCAUCCACCCAGAGGGGAACCCUGUGGUCAGCCUGUCCCUUUGGAGAGCUUUCAUCAUUUACCGCCUCCACCACUUCAACCUACACAAGAUCAAUGGGCUUGAGGUAACUAUGAAUGAUGUGAUCUCUGCGGAGCGUCUCUUUGGAACACUGGGUCACAUUGCUGCCACUGAGACGCCGCGUUGCCGCCUGUUAGUGCUACUGGAGGAGUCAAGGAAGCGUCAGCUGCAGUUUCUUUUGGAGGGGCGUGGGCGGCGGUCUGGUUUGAGCCCUGAGGAGCUGCGUGACAACGGCAAGCUGCUAGGAGAAGGCCUGAGCAGAGCGCUGUUCAACUACCCCAGCAAAGAUUGCUGCAGCGUGGGACCCGAUAGUCCUGAGGAGGGUGCAAUGGAGUCAUCAUCAGAGCGCAAGGCCAUGAUGGAUCAAUACCUACAGGAGCUGGUGCAGAGGGCAUCUGACACUAAUCUGAAGGGUGAUGCCCUCCACAAGCUUUGGCCCUCUUUGUUUGUAGAGUUGGUGAAAGACUGUGUGCUGGAGAUGAGGGACCGACCGGCCUUCCGUCGAGCUUGCCUCAACAGGCUCUCCACACAGGAAAAAUGAGACUUGAAGCUGUAGAGACCACCUACACUGCAGUACUGUACAGCAUACUUAACACAUAAUGGACACCUGCAACAUACUGGGACACACCUCCACUAAAGCAUUUUGGACACUCUUCUACUAAACUAUAUUGGAGCACUCUUCUACUGAAGCAUAUUGGACUGCCCUGUCUCAUUGCAUUAAACUGUCUUCAUCAUCACAUGGUGUCAGCCAAUCAAAUAGUUUAGUGAUUAGAUUUUAUUAUUUUAUUAUAGCUAAAAGAUAAACACCAGAUAGGCAUCAUAAGCUCGAAUGUCAAUUUUUCUGGAGUAUACAAUGUUCACGUUUAUCUCUACUCUCUUCCUAUCCUAGUUGAUUCCAGGAUGCACAUUAUACAUUUUGAGUUAAGAGUAUGCAUUGUCAUCCCUAAGGAGGAGCAGGCUUAGCACUUUAAAGCCUUGGUCAAGGCCCUGAUCUCCUGCUAAAGAUUACCACUGUCUCUCAGAAUUAUUGUGUCUUUAUCUCUACUUUAUGUUGCACUUUCACUCUCUGCCUGGUGUGAUGAAAAGGGCAUAGAAAACAUAUUUUGUUUUAGGACUUACUACUUUUUUCUGUAUUCUUAGCAUUAAAAGAUUCCUAAACUUUAA